UGCGAACUUUCAAGAAUGUAGACUUUGGCGAGGUCGUGCUGCGGAAAUAUUCAUCAAAAGGAAAUGCGACAGACCGCAUCUCAGCCAGUGAUCAAGUUUUUGUGUUGACCAACUCAGUACUCGCAAGAGGCACUCGCGAUGGCUUCUGCGGCAGGCGUGCAAUCCUCAGAGGUCAAGACUCCAAGCCCUCUCAUGACAGAUCUCAAAUCGGUUGAACAGAGAAGCAUCAUUAAACCACCAUACAGCGCGUUGUCACUCGGCCGACGACGAUUAAUCCUCACAACAAUAACUGUUGCUGGCCUACUAGGACCUUUGGCAGGCAACAUCUACCUUCCCGCACUGCCGGUCCUUCAAAAUGCCUUCGGAGUCGGCGAAACAGCUAUCAAUGCUACCGUGACGGCUUUCAUGGUCGUCUUCGCAUUUGCGCCUUUGAUCUGGGCCAGCUAUGCAGAUGUCGGUGGUCGACGACCAUUGUAUAUCUUGUCGCUUGCUAUUUUCAUCGUAGCAAAUACUUUAAUCGCCGCAGUACCUGCCAGGUUUGGAGCCCUCGUUGUCUUGCGCCUCGUGCAAGCUUUCGGGUCGGCUGCUGUGGUGUCGAUGGGUGCGGGCACGGUCGCCGAUGUGACAGAGCCGAAACAUCGCGGGAAGGUCAUGUCGUACUUCCUCCUCGGCCCACAGCUUGGUCCUGUCGUGGGCCCCGUUUUGGGCGGAGCUCUUGGCGGAGAAGCUUCAUGGAGAUGGAUAUUUGGAUUCCUUGCCCUUUUCGGCUUCGCAAUAUGGCUCAUGAUUGUUUUCAUGCUACCGGAAACACUUCGCUAUCGUAUGGGCAAUUGCCAAAGAUUCUCAGAGACAUCUUGGAUACUUCUUCCGCCUCGAUUUUCAUACACGCCGGUAGAUGAAAAGCAACGAGGUCCUGCACCACCAAAACCGUCAAUCAAGGGCUACUGGAUGCUUUUCUCAUACCCUCCGAUCGGGAUCGUGUCAAUUAACACUGCAAUGCUUUACUCGACCUACUUUUGCAUCGCCGUUCAGCUACCUACCACGCUUACCAAGGUUUAUCACUGGAGUAUACCCGCAGUGGGUGCAGCGUACCUGGCUAUCGGAAUUGCGAUGAUUGCUGGAUCCAUUAUCGGUGGGCACGCAAAUGACUGGCGCCGCGCGACACUCCUGAAACUUUCCGCAGAUGACAAGGUAGAGCCGGAAAGCCGUUUGGUUGAUCAGAUAUGGGGUGUCCUCGUCUGUGUGGCAGGCACACUUCUGUACGGCUGGUUUGCUGAUCGUGCCAUUCAUCCUGCCGGCUUGCUUGUCGCCACCUUCCUUGCUGGGUUUGGAAUGAGUUGGAUCUUCGUGUCAACCACUGCAUUUUUAUCCGAGUGUGUCCCGCAACAAGCGGCUGGAGCUUUUGCAUUGGGGAAUAUGCUGCGAAGCCCCGCGGCGGGAGUAGCAGCAGUACUCGUACCUGUUCUAGUCUCAUCGAUGGGGAUAGGCUGGUUCUUUACCGGGUGGGCUAUCUUCGACCUGAUCGUCGUCGGUGGAGCCGUGAUCGUUUUGAACAUUUUCGGUCCGCGAUGGCGAAAAGAAAGGAACGAGAAGGCGAGACUAAGGGCGUCUGUUCAGAAUGCUACAAAGUAAAGCAUACCGACCGCAAUUUUCUCUGACGCGACAGCGGAAAUUUGAGCCACCAACCGACGUAAACCAGUCACAGCACUCGGGUUGAGACCUGUGGAAAUCGCUGUUACAUAAAGAAUAUUUCGCCUCGUGCGCAUGGUC